AUGGGAAGGGAUCGAAGUCGGAGUCCUCGUGGCGCGCGCGACGAGGAGAGCUUGCCAGCGGAAGGCAGGCUCAUGCUCCUGCAAGUCGACUUCGAGACCUUGAAGGUCGAAAAUCACGAGCUCCGCACCCAGCUCCUACGAGCGCUGCGGAGGCUGGAUGCGAACAAGGAAGAGAGGGGCAAGGAGGUCAAAAAGGAGGUGAAGAAGGAGUCCAAGAAAGAGGCCGGAAAGCCAGAAGUGAAGAAAGAAGUAAAGAAGGAGAAGCCAGAGGUCAAGAAGGAGGUCAAGAAGGAAGUUAAGAAGGAAGUCAAGAAGGAGGUCAAGAAAGAGGUCAAGCAAGAGGUCAAGAAGGAGGCUAAGAAGGAGGUCAAAGAGGAGGUGAAGAAGGAGGAAGAAGGUGAGGAAUCCGAGGAAGCAGAGGAGCCAAACACGAAUGCUGUGCUGCUUUGCAACGCGCAGAUGGAGGCAUACAACAUGGAGGUGAGUAAUGGCCUUCCCAUGGACGAGCGCACGCCGCUGGUGGAGGCGAAGCUCAAGAACUUCAUGGCAAGCUUCCAUGACAAGGUCCAGAUCAUUGACCUCCGGACAGGGGCGGUCAUAGUCAAGGACAAGAUGUUUCAGAAGCGCUAUGCCUGCGUCUUUCGCGAGUCUGGCCAUGAGCUGCGCGGCGCAUGCACGAAGCGCUUCUAUUUCGACUCACCGAGCCCGACGUACUGCUUGGACUUCGAAACGCAUGAGAACUUGGUCACGGCGCGGGCGGGUACUCCACCUGAUGGUCGGCUCGGUGUGCGUGAGCCACGCACCGAGCACCUGGUAGUGCUCUACGAGGAGAAAGGCGGGAAGAUUGCGCGGAUGUGGUUGAAACAAGAUACCGAAGGCUUGGGGCCAGAUCCGGAGGCUGGGGAGGAAGAUAUCACUGCAAGCGAGUCCUUCCAGCAGCUCGAGGCGAAGAUCCGGGAAGCCAGCGGACGUGCCCUCGGGGAGCGGAUCUUCCACAACUACCACGACAUCCCAUCGGUCGGGUGA